UACAAAAGGGAAUGUUGUUGUCUAGGAAGUUAGUGUCAUCAUCUCCACGUCUCGAUCAAUCAUCCCAUUGUUCAGAACUUACCACAAAACAGCGCUACUCCCGGCUUUACUAUUCCUGCUAGCCACAGAAGCUCCAGAUCGUGUCAGUUUGUGAGAAUGGCUUCGGGUGGCAGCGAUCAGACUUUCCCUCCCCAACAGCAGAAGGAUCAGCCUGGGAAAGAACAUGUUAUGGACCCCACCCCUCAGUUCUCCAACCCUGAUUACAAGCCCUCCAACAAGCUUCAGGGGAAAGUGGCGCUGGUGACGGGUGGCGAUUCAGGGAUCGGGCGAGCAGUCUGCCACUCCUUCGCCUUGGAAGGCGCCACAGUUGCCUUCACGUUCGUGAAGGGGAAAGAAGACAAGGAUGCAGAAGACGUCCUCCAGUUGCUGAAGAAGGCCAAAACCCCUGACGCCAAGGACCCCAUCGCCAUUCCUGGCGACUUGGGGUUCGAUGAGAACUGCAAGAGAGCCGUCGACGAGGUCGCCAACGCCUACGGCAGGAUCGACAUCCUCGUCAACAACGUCGCCGAGCAGUACGAGUCGAGCACCGUGGAAGAAAUCGACGAGCCAAGGCUAGAACGCGUGUUCCGCACCAACAUCUUCUCCUACUUCUUCAUGACCCGGCAUGCUCUGAAAUACAUGAAGGAAGGGAGCGCGAUCAUCAACACGACGUCGAUCAACGCCUACAAGGGGAACGCGGAGCUGCUGGACUACACGGCCACGAAGGGAGCGAUCGUGGCGUUCACUCGUGGGCUGGCGCUCCAGCUGGUGCAGAAAGGGAUCCGGGUCAAUGGCGUUGCUCCGGGUCCGAUAUGGACUCCCUUGAUCCCGGCGUCGUUCAGGGAGGAGAAAGUGACGAGCUUUGGGAAGGAAGUGCCGAUGCAGAGAGCUGGGCAGCCGGUGGAGGUGGCACCGUCGUAUGUUUUCCUGGCCUGCAAUCAUUGCUCCUCUUACAUCACCGGCCAGGUCAUUCACCCCAAUGGUGGUGUGGUGGUGAACGGUUGAAGGGCGAGGUGAAUCUGCGAGAAUGGUAGAUGCAGUGCAGUGUUGGAGCAUUUUGAUUUUUGAUUUUUGCCUUUGGCGAGUCCUUUUGUGUUGGAGCCGGAUCUUGUGAUAUGAAAGCCUGGUCGGUGAAAUAAGAGGCUGAUGUAAAAUACAAGAAAGUGAUACAAAUGGAAAAGGGUACAUUUUAUGCUUUGGUUAACAGAGCAGUAGUUCCUCUACCUCCCCAGUCUCCAAUUGCCAGCGGAACUUGGAAGCUGACCGCCGGGGCUUGUUGGGACUUUUAGGGACGAGGGUAUACGUACGAUAGCCCGAGAUAAGGUGAUCAGGAUUUUGAUAGAGUCGUGAACAAUGUUCACUUUCCGAAAAGAAUAUUUCACCCUCAACAAGCCUAGGAUUACGGGAAAUUUCUCCCGGUGAUAAAACUAUCACUACUUUAGGUUCUAGGCUCAAGAACACUAAAGCAUACUUAGAAAUUUUUGAAAGAAAGAAGAAGAAUAUGUUUGAUGGUAUGUGGCAUCAUCCACCCCAUACAUAUUUAUAGGGGUCGAAUCCAUUUCAUGAAAGAUUGCCUUUAUCCAUACGAAAAGUUACUUCUAUCCAUAUGAAAGGUUAUUUUUGUCCAUAUGAAGGGUUGCCUCUAUCCAUAAGGUUAUCCUUAUCCAUAAAAUAAUGUAACCACCACUAGGCCAAAGGGAUGUGUCCCUUCACGAAAUUAGAAUAUUCGUUCAGUCGUCUAAUCCCAAACCGGUUGGUCGGUCCAAUUCAAAAUCGGUUUGACUUGAUUAGUCCGGUUCAACCAAAUUUCCAACAUUCCUCCCCCAUUUUAGUGUAUUAUAGAAUUCACUAAAAUCACAACAUUCUUCCAACAAAACUUAAGCAUAAAUGAAAAUGUCGUGACGAUUGAAUUUUUACCUUAGUAUAUUACACUUGAUGAAUACUCGAACAAAGGGUGUCGGUAACGAUUGAACCCAUUGACUCAUAUGAAUAUUCGAAGAUAAUAUACACUUAAGUUUUCAAAACUUCUAAGUGCCUUGACACUAUUAUCCGCCAUGUGUCCAAUCCUUCUCAUAAGCGCACACGAAACCAAAGUCCGGGUUUCUUGAAGCGGCUAUACUUCAAGCUUACGUAGGUCGAAUCUUUUAUUCGUGUACCCGCAUAAUACACUUUGUCAAAGAUUCAAUGAAGAAGUUUUGAACUUAAUCCUCUUCUCUCAUGCAGAUAACAAGCACAUACCUCGGGAUGACAAAUUUUGUGCUUCAAUUUCUAAUAAUAAGCUUUCCACAUUGAAUUCAGCCUCUAACGUUGUAUUAGAGGGGAAUUGGGUGUCCCAUUACCAGAAAUUAUAUGGACUUGAAUCCAUCCCUUUCACAGACUUAAUCACCAAGUCACUAGUUAACCACUUCGUCAAAUGAUCAACCAAAUUAAUUCGAGUUUGGUCAUACUGUCUAGACACAACACUAUGAAUGAUCAGUUCACAGCUUUUAUCGUGCCAUACUCCCACAUGACCGUACUUAUCAUUUUCACUUGACUAUAUGCCUUAGCCAAAUUAGCAUUACUAUCACAAAAGAUAGUAAUAGGUGAGAUUGGUUUAGGCCAUAAAUAUAUGUCAUAAACCAAACCUCUCAACAAUUAUGUCUCUUCUCUAAGAGAAAUCAAGGCCACACAAACUUUGAUUCCAUAGUGAAACUUAGUGAUGCAAGUUUGCUUUCUAGAGGCCCAAAUUAUGGCACACUCUCCCAACCAAGAGGACCCAUCUCAAUGUUGAAGUAUCACCUUUAACAUGAGAAAUCCAACUAACAUCAACAAAUCCUUUCCAAAAUUGAUGGAAAGCCACUAUAAGUCAAUACAGUGUGCCUUUGACA